GUCGGAGUUUAUAAGGAGGUGGGCCCUCGUAACAGUCCAGUGCUUGAGACGGCAAACGGAGCGGCGUGUCAAGAAACAUGAGACUCCCGGUCCUGCUCACAUGUUUGCUGGCGGCCUGUCUGGCAGAGAAGCCCCAUCCGUGUGCAAGUCCUCCCCUGCUCAGCGGAGCCCUGACCGUGUCGACGCAGAAUGAAAAGCUGUGGACCUACGCCAGGUACCUGUACGAUGCGCUGGGACACAGAGUCCGCCUGCUGGAGCUGGGCACCUACCAGAACAAGUCGUUCACCUACGACGCUCUGCUGCUCUACAGAGAGGCUGCCAUGUAUGAGAUUCACGCACAUAACCGCACGUGUCAGAAGAAACCUCUGAAGGUGGAAUUCCACCCCAUGGCUGUUCCAAAAGACGCCUCCCUGCUGGGCCAGGCUGUGCUGGGAAGUUCAUCCGGACCUGGACAAGGCCUGUUGGUGAACACCUGGACAGGAGACCUACCAGACAAGUCAGGAAAGUACAUGACAACGGUGACUGAAUUCGGCUGCAUUCCCGUCAGCACUGCCUACCACACCAAAGAGUUCGGAUGGGUGGCGACCAGCUUCUUCAACAAUGUCAUCGGGGUCGAAGAUCCUGAUCUCCUCAACCCCCCAAGCUAUUGCUCUGACGCAGAGAUAAAGGAGGAGGAGCCGGCAGACUUCCUCAGUUUGUUCAUGAACAAGAACUGAAGAACUCCUGUGAUUGGUUCAUACCAUUUAACUCUGUUGUCAUGUUUGAAUCUCACUCGAGACCUUAGCGCACUCAGCAGAUUUCUAGGCUGAUCAGUCCCUUAGGUUGUGUCACACCCCACUUAACUUCAACUCAUUUUCAUUUAGCCUGGCAGUCCAGUGAAGAAUGUCUUUCCACAGUAAGAAUAAUUAAUAAAAUAAUUUUUCUUUCACAGUG